AUGGCGUCUAGUGCGUCGUAUAACAAUACGAACCAUCCCUCCCCAACACUUUCUCCGAGCCUCAAUCCGUCUACGUCUCCCUAUCCAGGCGGGUUGCAUGAUUCACGAGCAUCUUCGACACAAUCCCUCCGCCCCGUGGAGAGCCCUGGCGACAAUCGCAGAACCCUGUUGAUUAUUUACAUCCAUGGCUUUCUUGGAACAGAAACCAGCUUUCAAAGCUUUCCGACUCACGUCCAUGCCCGACUGACAGCCGCUUUAGCGGAGACUCAUGUUGUGUACACCAAGAUUUAUCCGCGUUACAAAUCGCGGAAGAACAUCUCUUUCGCACGCGAUGAUUUCAGCAACUGGCUACAGCCUCAUGAGUCGAGCAGAACGGAUGUGAUCCUGGUCGGCCACAGCCUGGGAGGCAUCCUGGGGGCAGAAGUGGCCUUGAUCCCUUCCAGUUCGCCCGCAGGCAGCAAUGAGCUCUUCCAGCAUCGCAUCCUAGGGCUUAUCGCUUUCGAUACACCCUUUCUUGGAAUGCACCCUGGCGUGGUGGGUACCGGCAUUGCGAGUCUCUUCCGGACGCCGCCGCAACCUUCGUUAUCGCCACCCACAGAUCCAGAUAUGUUGUCCGACGCGGCACCCCAAGGUCCGACUUACAACCCAAGAUACGCAAACGACAUCCGUCUGGCAGACAGAACGGGCAAGCUGAAAAGGUUCUGGUACUUCUGGAACAAGCACUGUGGUGAAUUGGCCAAGGCGACCGGAGACUAUGUCUCUUCUCACCUCGAAUUUGGCGGCUGUCUUGCGGACUACCCGGGCUUGAAGAGGCGCUUCAACGCGGUUCGUGCAUUGGAAGACGUUGAUGAGACUGCUCAGCCAAGAACGCCAGAUGGGAAGUUAAUGAAGCGAGUGAGGUUUGUCAACUAUUACUGUGCAAGCACGGGGCCAGUCAAGGAGAGAUCGCCUUCACCGAGCACUGGGCGUGGUUUGCUUGAGCCCCCAACGAGUGAGCUCAUGGAGACAUCUACACGGGGGUCGUCGGCAGGAAGUCUUCAACCUUCGACCGUGUCUAGUCCACGACUCUCGCUAGAAGAGCAUCGGGAUGGUGAGCUGAUCACUAAAGACAUCAGCGAACUCAACAUAGAUCCGGACCCUGCUGAAGUCACACCUGCCACGACCGUCAGUGAGCAAGUUGAUCGAUCGUCGGCAACAGAUGCGAGCCUGAGUCCCUUAGAUCCCGGAUCAGCAGAACUUGGAUUAUUGCCGCCUCUUCCACCUCUACCAGCGCCACCUCCAGAAUUCAACGCCGGGUUGUUUAAAGAAGAGGACGUAGUGAAGCUACUAAGAAACGAACAUGACCGCAAGGUCAGGGCAUACGAGAGAGCAGCCAAGGACAGAGAUGAAGCCCUGAAGGAACGUCAGAAACUUAUAGAACGACGGCAGCGCAACAAGCUCAAACGAGAAGAGAUGACCAAGAAACAAGCCCAGCAACAAGAGACUCGUGUGCAAAAGGAACAAAAGAAGCGGGCUGCAACACUCAACCCCGAGCACUAUGAUAAACAUCUACAGGCCGAGACAGAGGGCAAGUCGCAGCAGGGGCGGAAGCAGAAGGACCGCAAAUUUUGUGCCCUUCCACCCAAGGACCCGGCCAGCGGAAAGCGCGACGAUACCUGGAUUCGGGUGUACUUCGAGGGUAUUGACGAAGUCACGGCGCAUACCUCAAUGUUCAGCGUUUCAGACACGUACGCGAAGAUGGUUGCUGAUGUGGUCGAAAGGGUCGAGACAUGGAUUGCAGAGGAUGCGUCGACACGCAUGAUCCUAGCCGAGAUGGAUCCAUGA